GAACGCCUGUGCGUUAUUAGGCUAAUUCGACAAUUUCAGGUUUUAUUGUUUAUACUUUUGCCCAAAAGUUUUGACUAUUUUCUCGUAAUCGGCUAAAAGCGCCCUCGAGAUUGUUCACCCAAUGUAGUGAGCCUUUAUCUUUCUAGAACACGGCGGUGGGUGAUAAAUUCAGGAAGCCUGUGAGGGCUUUUCUCUGAGAAGAGUUGGCGUAUCGUGUGUAUUCGUAGGUGUGGUUCAGUUUCGACUUAUAAGCUCGUCCUUGCGUGUAGUGUUUCCUCCGCUAUGUCUUCGGCUGCUGACUGCUGUUUCAGUAUGUGCCAGUCGCCGCUAAUGGCGAUUUUACGGCCAGCAAUGUGGGUCCCGGGGAUCAAGAAACUUCACAGCGCGACGGAAACGUGGAUUAUCCCUAAUGCGCCCGUUGAUGUCUGCAUAGACAAGUUAUUGGAAGCCAUAGACAGUCUUGGUGAGAAAGAAAAGAUGCAUGUUAACAAGGUUAACAGGGAUAGAGGUUUUGUACAAAUUUUUAGCUUUACACCCAAUGAAUGGUUUGAUGUAGUUGAAAUAGAGUUCAAGCCUGGAAGAGAGCAAGGUGCUAUGGGGCAUGCAAGGUCUUUUUCCACUGGGCUUCUUCCUACAUGUUGUCCCCUAGCUCUCUUGUUUAACGUGAUAUUUUUCUUUGUGCCGUUCCAUGAUCAGGGCACCAAUAAAGCACGCCUGGACAGAGUGCGUGGCCAGAUGACUCUAGAGAUAGCCGUUGAAGAUGUGAAUGUACAUGUACCAUAAGUGUGUUUUGAUAAAUCUAUUUUAGCUUAAGUAGAAUUCUGGUAAUUGCUAGCAAUGUCCAGGUAGGGAUUGUUUUCUUAUUUAGUGGACAAUAUUGUCCUUGUCUGCAGUGGUACUCAAUUUUCCUAGAUUAGAAUGGACCUUCUAGUUGAGUGGGUAAUCCUUCUGCAUAUCCCUGCUAACAUGCAAUCAGUGCCUGAGAAUACACACAGCACAACAAGGUCACUGUUUAAGGGGAGUGGGGUGAUUUUAUCAUGCGCAGGGCAGUUAUAAAGAGAUAAUUUCUUAGAAGGGAAAUAGGAAGGUAUGCAUUUCCUAGAAAGGAAGUUGGAAGGUAUGCAUUUCCUCAAAGGGAAGAGCUGCUUGCGUUCCACCAUGUUAAGUAAUGAUAUUAAUGAUAUUUUAAGAUUAUGAUAAUUUCAGGAUAAUAAUUCUUGUUGGCACAAAUGAUUGUAUAAAAAUAGAUGUAUGUAAGUUUUCACACUGGCCCAAGCCUACAGUGUCUUUCAUAGCUGUCUGCAUACUGUUUAGAUGUCUACAUCCUACACAGGACCCAAUAGAACAGUUGAUGUAGGUUCUUGUCAGUGCAAAAGUGUCGAAGGCUGGACACGCUGCUUUUUGGGUUGCUGGUAAAAUGAAAUAAGUGCUUAAUUAACUAAAAAGAAAACUUAGGGUGAAAUACAAAUGCUUGCUACUUACUACUUAGGUGAUUAUCUUGGCAGAGUUUGGCAUCCUAUUACGAGUACCGCGAAGCCAGUCUAUGACUAGGAAUUUGGCGAACUUACAGGGUUUACAACAAGGUUCACCCAAACCCGGUCACUUGGACACAACUUGUGAAAGACAUCGUAUCGAUUUUUGUUUUCCAUGGCUCUGUUAGCAACGUAUUUCUUCGUUAUCAUUCAAGAGCUCAAGGGAAUAAAGAAAGGACAUUCGGAAACUAUGGGCGCCUGAUGAGUGCCAUGUUGGAAUAAGGCGAGCGGUCCCGGGACCGAGAGAAAAAUCGAGCGAGACAGAUGUCGCAGAUGUCGCAAGCUUCGACUUGGGUGUCUCUUUAGCUCAAUCGCAUUGUGUGACAGAGGUCAGAACGACUGCGUAGAAGGAUUUCUUAUUGCAAGUCUCCUAUUCUCUCCUACUCAGUCGUCCAGACCUCUGUCUCGCAAUGUGUCUGCGCUGGACGCUUUUCCUCACCUAGAACGGUCACAAAUCACUCUGGAAUCUCUUCUAUCCACUCUUCUAUCCACAAAUUGCGCACAAUAAAAAAAAUGAUUUUUUUGACAAAUGUUACUCAUGGAACUCUUUUGCUACUUAGAAGAUAGCUUCCAUUAUUUUUUUAUAUUUGAUAGACAACAAGAUAAAUAAUAUAUAAUGGUCAUUGACGAUUCAUCAAUUGUAUAGCGUUCAUUCAUUGCACAUUAAAUGAGUAUAAAUCAC